AUGAAGAAGGUGGCCGGAGUGGUGAAUUAUGUGCGCCACCAAGCCAACCAGCUUUAUCAAUCUCCCACUAGAGCCCUGGAAGUUCUAGAGGUUUUCUGGGACUUUUCGAGACGAUAUUUCUACGCCUUAGCCUUUUGGUCCUUAUUCUGUACUAAAUUGCUUCAUCUUUUCGCCCAUUUAUAUUCUCUUCCUUUACGCAAAUUCAUUAUCUGGGGGCCUUCUUUCUUCUUUCAAGAUGUUGCAAUCCUCUUGUUAUUUCGCAUUCUGGUGCAAAAGACAUCUGGUUACAUUGCAGUGACAUGCGCACUUAUUGUUCUCCCGUUUAGUAUACUUGUGUCGGGAAUGGCUGCCGCCAACUUCUCCGUCUACGUCUUUACGGGCGCUGAGAUCCAUUGGCGCCAGGCCAAAAGCUUCACUGGGGAUGCCGCUGCCCUCCGAACCCUACUAUCCGGACUAACCGGGUUUUUAAUUGGAGAGGCCCUGCUGGUGGCAGCGGCCCUUUUCACAGCCCGACCCAUUCAUCAAUUUGGUGGUGGCGUUUUACAUGUCUUGGCGUGGCCCUUCCGCUCCUUGCUAACGCGACUGCGACCGUGUGUGGGCUUUGUGGAGCCGUUGUUGAAACGCCUCCAAAAUCAGCGGACGCCACAUACAUCAUUACCCGAUCCCCGACUAUACGAGGAAUUCGACCUCGAAGACGACUAUCUAAACGAAUCCGGGGACGAAGAUGAGGAAGAUGACUUCUUGCUCGAUUCUCAUAGCAGCAAUGCUAGUUCCAGUGCCUCCAAGAACCACCGGUCUACUGACCGUUUAAUACCCAGGGUUUUGGUGCUCGGUUUCGUAUUCUUGGCUGCAACUCUACGCUCAGUCCGUCCGUCAGAGCCAGUCUACUUAUAUCUGUCCGGAACCUUACCCUUGGCCUCAUUCUUUGAAGGUGGUCAUCGGAAUUCUCCGGUCGAUAUCUCCGGCCUACCGCCUUAUCAGCAAAAUUAUCUAGCUCACAAGAAUUCUUUGAAUCUCCCACCAUCCUGGGAAUGGAUACCCAAGGACGCUGUUCCAGGAUUUGAGGACUGGAAGAUUAAUCUCAACGUCAAUGAGUCUCUUCAUUACGAUCCAAAGACAAAUCCUCUUCACAUUUCCAAUCUCCAGCAGCCAAUUUUGGAGUCCAUUCAAGGUGUCCUUGCCGAUGGGAGCGUCAAGAUUAAACAUGUGGUUCUGCUCAAGCUCGAAAGUGCCCGUGCAGACACCUUCCCCGUGCGCAAGGACUCCUUUCUGUAUAAUCGCAUCGCUGAAACUUAUGACGACAACGAAAUUCCCCAGGAGGUUGAAGAUCGCAUUGCCAAUCUCACUCGCACGGCCGAGUUUUUGACCGGCUUUCCCUCCGGCUUUCAGAGAAAUGACACGCUUCAUACAGACCGCAAUGCCUAUGGUGGUAUCAGCGCGAGCAAUGCUUACACGACUUCCACUUACACCCUGAAGAGUCUAGUUGGCACCCUCUGCGGAGUGUCCCCGCUGGUUGCUGAUUUCAACCGCGAGUGGGAGCACCACAUCUACCAGCCCUGUCUGCCCCACAUCUUUGAAAUGCUCAAUAAUCAACAAGGCAUCACUAGCAACGUCACCGAUUUUACCCAAUGGCCUUGGCAUUCAAUCUGGAUGCAGUCUGUCACUGAAGGCUACGACAACCAGGACCAACUCACCCCCGUACUGGGCUUCAAGGACAAGUUCACCAAGGAGAUCAUCGAAAGCCCUGACGCAAAGCACUACCCCGUGAAAUCCGAGGAAGUGAACUACUACGGAUAUGCCGACACUGAGCUGCGCGAGUAUAUCAGCGACGCCAUUGACGAUGCCGAGCAUGAUCACAAGCGUCUUUUCCUAUCCCACCUGACCGGUACCACCCACCAUCCCUGGGGUCUACCCAACAACACCUAUGAGCAGAUUCUCGGUUUGAACAAGGGUCACAACAAGGAUCUCAACCACUACCUCAAUGCCGUCGGUUUCCAAGACAAAUGGCUCACCGAGAUCAUCGGCAUCCUAGAAGAAAAAGAUGUCGCAAAUGAGACACUGUUUGUGAUGGCAGGCGACCACGGUCUCUCGCUUCCAAAUGAUGGUGGCAUCACGCCCUAUGAUAAUCCGCACGUUGGCAGCUUCGCCGUGCCUAUCGUCCUUGCCCACCCGCAACUACCCGCCCUUGAGAUCACCGCCCCGGUCAGCAGUGACCAGAUUGUCCCCACGAUCCUGGACCUCCUUAUUGAGUCCAGCUCUCUCCCCAAGAAUUCCACCAAGCCAGCAAAGGACAUCCUGUCCCUGUACGAGGGCCAAUCGCUUAUCCGCCCGCUCAUUCAAGAGCAGGAUGGCAUUCAAGACUGGCAGUACACAGUCAUGAACACCGGUGGCUCAUGGCUUGCCGUGCGAUCCGCCGCGCGACCACAAUACAGACUGGUCAUCCCCCUCGUCAACGACGUGGAGUGGCGUUUUUCGGAUCUGAGCACCGAUCCGCACGAACUAGAGCCAAUUUCCAGGUUCGAUCUUGUGGAUUUGGCCGCUGUGAUCAACAAGAAGUACGAUGAGGACGUGGUAAAGUGGCUUUUCGAGGCGGCAUAUGUUACCAAUUGGUGGGUUGGUGAGAACUGGGCUCGAUACCGAUUCCAUCCUACAAAUGGUGCAGAUAAGUGA